GUGUGAGAGAGAGGUGAAGGCUGUGUAUAUAUAUAUAUCACAGAUAGAAAAAAAUGUGCAAGGCCACGUUCAAAGUUUUGUUUUCUCACAAUUCUUUAUUCUUUCUAAUCUGUAUUGCUUGCCUUGCAGUUCAAUUCCAAGCUGGAAAUAUGCAACAAAAUCUUUGGUAGAAAUCUGGUCAGAUCUUGCCUUCAUUACAAAUCUCCUUUUUCCUUCCCAUUUUAUCCCCUUCCUUACCUCACACUACCAAAACAAAGUGAUACAAUUACACAGAACACAAAAAUAAGAGAACUUUGUAUUUUCUUGAAACCAAAAAAACAUCCUUCUUCUUUGGGAGUGAGGAAAAUGGGCAUGGCAGUAACAGAUGAUCAAUUUCAUGUUCUUGCUGUUGAUGACAGCGUUAUUGAUAGAAAACUGAUUGAGAGGCUUCUUAAGACAUCCUCUUUCCAAGUCACCACAGUUGAUUCUGGAAGCAAGGCUUUGGAAUUUCUUGGUUGGCAUGGAAAUGAGAUAAACAUGUUCAGUGAAGCCUCUAUUUCUCCAAAUAAUUAUCAGGAAGUGGAAGUGAAUCUUGUUAUUACAGACUAUUGUAUGCCUGGGAUGACAGGCUAUGAUUUGCUCAAGAAAAUAAAGGAAUCUGCAUUUUUGAGAGAUAUACCAGUAGUCAUCAUGUCCUCUGAAAAUGUCCCUUCAAGAAUAACCAGAUGUUUAGAAGAAGGGGCAGAGGAAUUUUUCCUGAAGCCAAUGAAAUUAUCAGAUGUGAAUAAAUUGAGGCCUCAUAUGAUGAGAACCAAAUUGAAGAAUGACAUUAUUGAAAAUGGAAAGCCAGAAAAUGAGGAAAAGCAAGAAAAUGAAAAGAUUAUUACAACAGGAGAAGCAGAUUCAGAGGUGCAGCAGUUUCAGACAGCACAAUCUUUGCAACAGCAGACGUCACAAAACAACAAUAACAACAACGACAACAACAAGAGGAAAUCUAUGGAAGAAGGGCUUUCACCAGACAGAACUAGGCCCAGAUACAGUGAUCUCACUGUGAUGUCCAAUUAAUAUUUCUUUUUCUUUUUCUUUUUUUUUAAAUUUCUAUAAUUAAGUUUUUUUUAAUUUGGCAUGAUGAAGAGAUAUGUAUGUAUGUACAGGGCUAAAGACAAACUAUUUGGGAAUCUUACUUGGGAAAAUUUUGGACCCAAUUUUUUGUAUUUACUAAUUUUAGUGUGGAAAGUGGGAAAAGACAGAAGAAAUAGUUGUGAUUGUGAAUCAAUAUGCUUUUUUGGAUGCUGAUU